AUUUGCUACAGAAUGGUCAAGGUAUUUAAUGCGGCCGAGGUCGCAAAACACAAUACACAAGAGAGUUGCUGGGUAAUUCUCUAUGGCAAGGUCUACGAUGUCACCGACUUUCUCUCAGAACACCCUGGCGGAGCUAAGAUCAUUCUCAAACUGUCCGGGAAAGAUGCCACGGAGGAAUAUGACCCCAUUCAUCCCCCAGGGAUCCUAGAGGAAAACCUCAAGCCUGAAGCCUGCCUAGGAACCGUUGACCCAGCCACUCUGCCGAAACCAGAAGCUAAUGCCGCGUCCGCCCCGGAAAAGGAAGAUGAUUUCCCUCCAAUGGAAGCGCUUCUUAACAUGGACGAUCUUGAGCAAUUGGCCACCAAGAAAGUAAGCAAAAAGGCAUGGGCGUACUAUUUUUCGGCUGCCGAUGAUAAAAUCACGAAACAUUUUAACACGCAAGUCUAUCGAUCGAUUCUCCUGCGACCCCGGGUGUUCAUCGACUGUACGCGAUGCGAACUCGAUAUCUCCGUUCUGGGACAUAAGCUGGGACUCCCUAUCUAUGUAUCUCCCGCGGCCAUGGCACGUCUCGGCCACCCCGAUGGCGAGGCAGGAAUCGCAGAAGCUUGUCGCAGCUUUGGAGCGAUGCAGAUCAUUUCCAACAAUGCAUCCAUGACUCCGGAGCAGAUCGUGGAAAAUGCCGCUCCCGACCAGGUGUUUGGAUGGCAACUCUACGUUCAGACCGAUCGCAAGAAGAGCGAGGCGCAACUGGCACGGAUCAAUAAGCUUAAGGCGAUCAAGUUCAUUGUCCUUACCCUCGAUGCACCCGUUCCUGGCAAGAGAGAAGACGACGAGCGAGGUAACGCUGCUGCUGCUGCUGCUGGAGGCGGAGGCGAAAGUGGUGUUGGCAGGCAGCUCUUUCAGGGAACCGACCCUACACUUACCUGGCAAAAAACGCUACCUUGGUUGGCCCAACAUACCGAUCUCCCGAUUAUUCUCAAAGGACUUCAGACCCAUGAAGAUGCAUACAUCGCCUCUCUUCACGGGCCCCAGGUCAAGGGUAUCAUCCUGUCAAACCACGGUGGAAGAGCUCUCGACACUGCUCCUCCGGCAGUCCACACCUUGCUCGAGAUCCGCAAAUACUGCCCUGAGGUAUUCGACAAGCUCGACGUAUGGGUUGACGGCGGUAUUCGGCGUGGGACAGAUAUUGUGAAGGCUCUUUGCCUGGGCGCAAAGGCUGUGGGAAUUGGGCGACCUGCCCUCUGGGGACUGGGAGCUGGUGGUACUGCCGGCGUGAAGCGCACCCUACAAAUCCUAGCGGAUGAAACCGCCACCUGUAUGCGCCUGCUUGGUGUUGAGCGGGUAGACGAACUUGGCCCUCAACAUAUCAACACCCGCAUGGUGGAACAGCAGAUCUACGAUGGACCCUCAGGUCUGGAUUCUUUGCGCACCUCAUUCCGCGCAAAGCUGUAGACAUUUGUAGAUUGCAUGUUUCGUUCGGAUUUAAACCUAUGUGACCAAAAUGCACUGAAUUGGAAAAUUCGACUCAAUCUAUAUCCAUGAUCUAUUCUACUGUAUAUACAUCUCACUGAAUGCCAGAUUUCUUCUAUAGUGUAGGUGGGUGGGGCUUAACCCCGGAGAUAACUGGCGGAGACCGAACAGCUUAAGAGAUCAUGCAGUCUCACCACAACUUCACUAAUACCUAAACUACCUGGUACGGCGUACUAGUACAUAUCUCUCAUUUGCCAGACUGUGAGUUAAUUCAUGAUCAAAUCUCAUGCUUUUGAAAUCCAA